AUGUCUCUAUCAUUCCGCGGUGACUCUCGAAUACCCGUCGAGUUACUCGAUGCGAUCCUGUCUUACGCGGACUUUGAGACGCUGGCGAAAUGCUCUCUUGUCUGUCGAUUCUGGCUGCCCAGCGCGCGCAGACACCACUUUCGUGAGUUCAUCGUCAAACCUCGUUCCGACGCCCGACUGCCAUCCCACGCACUGCUCCUAAGCGACCCCACGUCGACCGUUCUCCCCUAUAUCCGCCGACUGUACAUCGAGGAAGGGGUAUCCAAGGAAGAUUGGAACCAGUUUCGCAGGCUACUGCAGACAACGGAGAUGAAUCCUUGGUUCAAUGACAUCCUACCCUCCAUCCGGGUUCACGAUCUCACGGCGAUGCAACAUCUUACCAUCCACAAUGCGGUGUGGUCAAACCUCUCUGACGAGUCCCGCUGCAGCCUCGCAAGCCUCUGCCAGCGACUGGUCGCUCUGCGCUUAUUCUGUAUAGACGCAGUGGGCGGCAUACCUCACGCAUCCGUUGCCGAGCUUCUCACUGCAGCCACUACGCUUCGGCAACUCUCACUGUUCUGCACCCCUGAUAUGGAGGAUGUCGACACUACACCACAGGACGACGAUGCUGUCCCAACACGUCCGGACGCCCAGACAAAUGCCCCAAAGCAUUCCCUCGCGCUGAGGUCCUACUCGGUCGACGGCCCGCUGUGCUCCCAUCUCCCAGCGUUUCUCGAUGCGUUUUCGCCAUCUGAACUCGAGGAUGUCACGCUCGGCUCUCUCAAUGAGAGCAACAUCCGCCAAGCCAUCUCCUUUCUGAAGUCGUGUUCGGAAAGGCUCGUGCACUUGUCCUUGAAGUUCGAGCUGCAAUGGCUAUGGAUCCUGUCGGGUCCGAAUCCAACUGCACGUCCCGAAGUCCUUUUCUGUGCUCAAGGCGGCCUUACGGGCAUCACCUUGCUACAGAGCCUCCAGCUAGAUGCGCAGCUGCAGCACGUACCCGCCAUCCUGCGACAGAUAGAGUCGCCCUCUCUCGUCGACAUCACUGUACGAGCGACACCAUCGAUGCUCCCUACCUGUGAUCUGGACGAACUCGCACGGAGCUUGCGCUCCGGCUCGCUCGCUUCCGCACGUCCCCGCUUCUCGCUCAUCUGCGAAUGCGAGUUGAACCGGAUCCUCCACCCCGACUACGCUGCCUGGGAUCGCAUGCGCGACGCCUUUCGUGAAGCGUUGAAGGACCUGCGGGACGAGGGUAGGCUGCGGUUCUUGCGUCACGUCGUCGAUGCGAAGAGCAAACUACCAACACCGGAGCUCGAGGAGUUCUGA